AUUUCAUUUUCUAUAUAUGGUCCUUGGCUCUUGGGAUCUCUCUCUAGCCUGUGUGUUCAGAUCCUAUCAAGUGUUGAGCUUCUGCUUCACUCUUACCUCGAGUUGUCCCCUAGCUAAUGUUUCACUAGAUUGAUACCCGAUCUCGGAGCUGUAUCAGUUUCGAAUCGGUCGGUAAUUGCUCGUUUUGUUUCUGAAUUGAGGAUAAUUUGUUCGAUCUUUGAUCUGGGGUUUUCAGUGGGUGUAUGAGGAAGGAGUUCGCUUGCGAUUGAUGUAUGUGUGGUUUCAAGCGGAGUGCGGAAAGGGAUUCUGGGCUUGUGAUUCGAAGUAGGUCGAGGUGGGGUGAAUGCGGCUAGUUUUACUCCGAAGACUUUGCCUUCUGCUUGAUCUAUUUGCUGAAAGGUUAUAAAGAUUGUGUCCAAGAAGAGAAGGGGAAUUGCAAAUAGAAGACCUUGACCAAGAUGCAGCGAGAUCAGCUCAAGAAGGAUGUUAAAGAAUUGGACUUUUUCACUGAGUAUGGGGAUGCAAAUAGAUAUAAGAUUCUUGAAGCUAUAGGAAAAGGAAGCUAUGGAGUAGUUUGUGCCGCAAUUGACAAGCACACUGGGGAAAAAGUUGCAAUAAAAAAGAUUCAUGAUAUUUUUGAGCAUAUAUCUGAUGCCAUUAGAAUUCUCCGCGAGGUCAAGCUGCUACGGCUAUUAAGACACCCUGAUAUUGUCGAGAUUAAGCGCAUCAUGUUGCCACCUUCAAAGAGGGAGUUUAAAGAUAUUUAUGUCGUCUUUGAAUUGAUGGAGUCUGAUCUCCAUCAAGUCAUCAAAGCUAAUGAUGACUUGACACGUGAGCACCAUCAGUUUUUCCUUUACCAGAUGCUACGUGCAUUGAAGUACAUGCAUACAGCAAAUGUGUAUCACAGAGACCUUAAACCCAAGAAUAUAUUGGCAAAUGCAAAUUGCAAACUCAAAGUUUGUGAUUUUGGACUGGCCAGAGUUGCAUUCAAUGAUGCCCCAACAACAAUAUUUUGGACAGAUUAUGUGGCUACAAGAUGGUACAGAGCUCCAGAGCUGUGUGGAUCAUUCUUUUCUAAGUAUACACCAGCAAUUGAUAUAUGGAGCAUUGGAUGCAUCUUUGCUGAGGUGCUUACAGGAAAGCCGUUGUUCCCUGGUAAAAGCGUUGUGCAUCAAUUAGAUUUGAUUACUGAUCUUCUUGGGACACCAACACUGGAGACUAUUUCUGGAGUUCGUAAUGAAAAGGCAAGGAAGUACUUGACAGAAAUGGGGAAAAAAUCUCCUGUGCCAUUUGAACAGAAAUUUCCAAAUGCUGAUCCAUUGGCACUUCGCCUAUUGCAAAGGCUUUUGGCAUUUGAUCCUAAGGAUCGUCCAACUGCUGAAGAGGCACUAGCUGAUCCAUACUUUAAGGGCUUGGGUAAGGUCGAGAGAGAACCAUCUUGUCAGCCAAUUUCAAAGCUGGAAUUUGAGUUUGAGAGGCGAAGGGUGACUAAAGAAGAUGUUAGGGAACUAAUAUAUAGGGAGAUACUUGAAUAUCACCCUCAGUUGCUUAAAGAUUACAUGAAUGGAACUGAAAGCACAAAUUUCCUCUGUCCUAGUGCAAUUGGUCAAUUCAGAAAGCAGUUUGCUUAUUUUGAGGAAAAUGGUGGUAAAAGUGGCCCAGUGAUUCCUCCAGAAAGGAAGCAUGCCUCUCUUCCAAGGUCCACUGUUCAUUCUAGCCCAAUUCCUCCUUAUACACAUGGCGCUGCAUAUGGGAACAAGCAAAUACCAGUGGAGGUGUCUAAGAAUUUGAGAGCAACAGAAUCAAGUUCUGAAAGUCAUUUAAGGGGUUCACGACCUCCUCCAAGGGUGCCAACAGCUAAACCGGGCAAAGUUGUAGGGCCAGUUCUACCCUACGAGAAUGGGAGAAAUGUCAAAAGCAACUAUGAUCCAAGAAUCUUGAGCAAAAAUGCUCUUCCUCCUUCGGUAUCUCCCCACUGCCCCUUUAGGGCUCAACCCACAAACCCAGCAAGGAUUGUGCCAGAGACAUGCAGGGAUCUGUCACAGGGAAAACAGCCAUCCCAGCAGCAGGCUAACUCACUAGCCAGACAAACUAUUGACCUCAACACUAACCCUUACUUCCAACAAUCCAAGGUAGAUAACAUGGAUGAUGCUGCCACCACAAUGGAUGCUAAGUUGCUGCAGGCACAGUCUCAGUUUGGUGCUGUUGGUGCUGCUGCAGUGGCUAUUGCAGCUCAUAGACAUUCUUCUGGGGCUUUUUAGUGUGGGUUGUCAUAGUUAGGUUUUAAGGGCUUCAAUGCCAGUAGUUGUAGUUGGAGUAGUUGGAACUUGGAAGGAAGAAGCUGAUUAAAUUUUAGAUGGGGUUAGGGUUUGGUUUUCAUAUUCCCCUCUCAGAUUUCUGUAUUUGUAAAUUAUAUUUUCACAUCAUUCCAUUGUUCAAUAAAAACUUGGUUAUCUUGAUUCAAGGAUUAUCUGUGACAAGAAUGUUCUAAAAAUGUUA